AUGGCUGAUCCAGCAACUAUAAUCAGUGGUUUGCUUUCAAAUUUGGUACCUCUGAUUCAGGAUGAAUUCAAGUUGAUUUAUGGUUUUGAUAAGGAGGUUGAAAAGCUAUUGGGCACGCUAUCUGCAAUUAAUGCCGCACUUGAACAUGCUGAGAUAAAGGACGCGUGGAAGAAGGACAAACAAACGGAAGAUUGGUUGUGGAAGCUCAAAGAUGUGGCGUAUGAGGUUCGAGACAUCAUGGAUGACUGCACCUAUAAAGAUCUUCGUCUUCAAGUCAACAGGCGUAAUGCCUCCUCUUCAACCUGGAUCAAGGUAAUCAACUCAAUAACCCGUCCUUUUAUCAGUACUAAGACACGUCUAAAAGUUGGUCACAAAAUUAAGGAUGUUCAAGAGAAGCUUGACCAAAUUUCUUCUGAGCGCCAAACGUUACGUUUGAGUGAAUCUAGUCCUGACUCAAAAAGAGACAAGUUUACUAGUCGUUGGCGUGAAACCAUGUCUCUUUCUAGUUGUAAUCAUAUUUAUGGGAGAGAUGAGGAGAAGAAAAAGAUUAUUGAUAUUCUGGUCAAUUAUACAUCUGGUGCUUGUGUUGAUAAAAAACCAUCUGUUCUACCCAUUGUUGGAAUUGGGGGUCUCGGUAAAACAACACUUGCCCAGAAGGUCUUCAACGACGAGCAGAUUACUAAGCAUUUUGAAACCAAAAUCUGGGUUUGUGUUUCUGAUGAAUUUGAUAUUCAAUUGGUGAUGAAAGCCAUCUUAGAAGAAAAGGCGGAAGCACGCUCAGAAGAAUUGCAGAAAAAAGUUAGAGAAAAAUUGAGCGGGAAAAGAUAUUUAAUUGUAUUGGAUGAUGUUUGGAAUGAAAAUCUUGAGGCAUGGGAUCAGUUGAGAUCUAUUUUGGAUUGUGGAUCAAAUGGUGCCUUUGUCCUUACCACGACACGGAAAAGAAAUGUGGCAAAAAUUAUGGAAACAAUUCAACAUAUUCAGAUAUCAUUGCUCUCUGACGAGGAUUGUUGGCUGCUCUUUGAAGAGCGUGCAUUUAUGUGUGGGACACCAAAAACUCCAAACUUUGUUGAUAUUGGAAAAGAAAUAGUUAAAAAAUGUAAGGGUGUUCCCUUAGUUGCCAAGACAUUUGGAGGUCAAUUGGGCUUCAAAAGUGAUAUAAAUGAAUGGUGUAAAAUAAGAGAUAAUGAGAUAUGGAAGAUAUCUCAAAAUGAAGAAUCUGAUCUCUUGCCCAUUCUAAGGUUGAGUUACUAUGACCUUCCUUAUCAUUUGAGAAGAUGCUUUUUGUUUUGUGCUAUAUUUCCCAAGGAUGCUGAAAUUAAAAAGGAGAGAUUAAUCCAAUUGUGGAUGGCCCAUGGUUUAAUUCCUACAAUUAUAAACCAAGAAAUGGAAGAUAUUGGGAAUACAAUUUGGAAAGAGUUGUGUUGGAGAUCCUUUUUUCAAGACGAGAAAUCAGAUCAAUAUGGAAUUUAUGAAACAUGUAAGAUGCACGAUCUUAUACACGAUCUUGCCCAAUCUGUUAUGAAAAAUGAAUGUUAUACGCUGGAUGUUAAUAGCUCAAGUGAUGGUUUAAGACGAGAAAUUCGCCAUGUGUCGGCAAUGGUUGAUGAAUUUGUCAAAACACCGGUUCGUUCUUUUAAGAAAAUUGGAGGGUUGCAAUCACUAAUGCUCAAUGGCAGAGAUGUUUAUCGAAAUGUCAAAAUACAGAAGAUUUGUUUGAGUGUCUUGAAGGAACUUUCGGCUUUACGUGUCCUUGAACUUAGCUGCAAUGUGCAAUAUCAAUGUUUGCGUUUAGAAUAUGUGGGAGGUCUAAAACAUCUUAGAUACUUAGACAUUUCCGGUAAUAAAAAGAUAACAACAUUACCUGAUAGCAUUUGUGAUCUCUUGAACUUACAGACUUUGAAACUCAAUGAGUGUUCUAAGCUUAAAAGUUUGCCCAGAAAUACGAAAGACCUUAUUAGUCUGCGGCAUCUUUAUUUGGAGAAAUGUAAAGGAUUAAAAUAUAUGCCUAGAGGGAUGGGGCAAUUGAAACAUCUGAAGACAUUAAGCUUGUUUGUGAUAAGCAACAAGGGAAGAGACGGCCAACUAGAUGAAUUAAAAGAAUUGGAUAUCCGCGGAUCUUUGAAAAUUAAGAACCUUGGAAGAGUUAGUGAUGCAUCUAUGGAAAGAGGGAUAAGUAUGGCUAAAAAGACGAAUAUCAGUGAAUUGAAGUUGUCUUGGAGAUCUAUCUAUGAAAUUGAUAAUAAUGAGAGCAAGAGUACUAGAGAUGAGAAAAUUGGUGAAGCUCUAGAGGUUUCAACUGCGAGGUUGAAGAUUUUGAUAAUGAAGGGUUAUAGAGGUGAAAAUUUCCCUAAAUGGCUUGAGCUUAAGGGCUUGGACAAUGUGAAUACGAUUGCUAGUAGCAGUGUUGACAAUGAAAUGAUAGUACUAUUCCCUUUGUUAGAGCGAUUGGAGAUUUGGAGUAUGAAGAAUUUGAGGGAAUUGGUGUCACCUAGCUGUUGGAUUACUGGAGCAUUCCCUAAUCUAUGCAAACUGAUUAUAACUGAUUGCCCAAAACUAGGGGCCUUGCCAUCGCAUCUCAAAGCACUCAAAGAUGUAACUGUUAGUUUUAAAUGUUUGGAUGAAUUGUUAUAUAGCAUCUCGAAUCUUAAUGGUACUCUCACUCAUCUGAAACUUGAUAGAUUGAAUAAUGAUGUGAAGCAUCUAGUGAACAACAACAUGAAUGGAAUUGAAGUAGUGUUAUUCCCUUUGUUAGAGGAACUCGAGAUUAGUUGUAUGAAGAAUUUGAGGGAAUUGGUGUCACCUAGCUGUACUAGAGCAUUCCCUAAUUUAUGCAAGAUUGCGAUAUGGUAUUGCCCAAAGCUAGGGGCCUUGCCACCGCAUCUCAAAUCACUCAAAGAAGUAAAGGUUUGGGGUGAAUAUUCGGAUGAGUUGUUAUUUAGCAUCUCAAAUCUUAUUGCUCUCACUCAUCUCACUCUUGGUGAUAUUAAUAAAAGUGUUUUAUUUGGAGCUGGUUAUAUGACAUUAAUGUUUAAUGAUGAGAUACCAUCAACAUCAUCAUCGUCAAAUAAUAAUAGUGAAGCACAAUUAAGAGGAGGAGUACGCUCAACUUUCCAAUCUCUUCAAUCUCUGUAUAUUAUCAACUGCGAGAAGUUAAGGCGUUUGUUUGAUGAGGGAAUGAUAUCAAAGAUUAGUGGCUGCCAGAACAAACACUUCAUCAACUCUCUCACGGAUUUGAUUAUUUACAAAUGUCCGGAGUUGAUGAUAUCAGUUGAGGAAUUUCUUGGAAACCUCAAUAUUAAUAAUAAUUCACUACAGAGAUUGACUAUCUGGAAUUGUCCUAAGUUGGUGUCUUCAGAAGAAGCGGACGAUGUUAUCGCACUCCUGCGUUCCCUUCGAACCAGACUUGGUCCUAAGAAUUUCGAUGUAGAUAUCAUAAAGGAGAAAUAG